AUCUACGAUGAUCCACAGGUUAUAUGUUACACCUAGUUAGUUUGUUUCGUUUUCUUCUUCCUCUUUUUUCCUUCCCUACACUGUUAACAACACAGCCGCAGCCGCAGAAAACAACAACAAGCACCGUUCUGGAUUCGGAAGGAGGAAGUGGUUGUUGUGUUUGGUUCGAUGGAGAAGGAAUUGGUGGAAUUGUAUGAGGCCGCGAAGAAGGCGGCGGAUGCGUCCAGUUCUUCCGAUAGCGAACAUGAAGAAACCCGAUGCAUUGAUGCGCUUGAACAGCUCAAGAAAUUUCCCGUCAAUUACAAGAUUCUUGUUAACACCCAGGUGGGCAAACAUCUUAAAGUUCUUACUAAGCAUCCCAAGCCGAAAAUUAAGGCUUUUGCUGUUGAACUAAUUGAGAUAUGGAAAGGCAUAAUUAUCAAGGAAACAAGCAAAAAUAAGAACGGGGGCUCUGAUAAUAAGGUUGAGUCAGCGAAUGGGGACAGAGCUAAAGCUGGGAAAAUGCAGAAGAGUCCCUCGGUGAAGGUUGAGAAAGGUGAAACUGUCAAAGUUGAGAAAAUUGAUAGGAAUGGUACACCAAGGUCAAGCUCAGAAAAUACAAACAAGGCACGAAAUGUGGAUGUCAAAAUUGAGAAAACUGAACGUGCUGCUAGUGUCAAGGUGGAAAAGAUAGCCAAGGAAGAAAAGCCAGUUUCUGUGGUGAAGAAAACACCAUCCAGCUCUGCCGCUCCUCCGAAGCUAACAUCUAUGAUUAAAUCUAAUGACUCUGCGCGGGACAAAAUAAGGGAGCUUCUCAGAGAGGCUUUAUCAAAGGUCUCAGAAGAGGCAGAUGGAGACAUGAUGGAUGAAGUUAACGCGUGUGACCCUAUUCGUGUUGCUGUAAAAGUGGAGUCUGUGUUAUUUGAAAACUGGGGUGCUUCAAAUGGGGCCCAAAAGGUCAAGUACAGGUCCUUAAUGUUUAACCUGAAGGACGCGAAGAACCCAGAUUUUCGAAGAAAAGUUCUACUCGGUGUUAUUGAGCCGGAGCGGCUGGUCAACAUGAGCACGGCAGAAAUGGCCAGUGAACAGAGGAAGCAGGAGAUUGAGAAAAUCCAAGAGAAAGCUUUGUUUGAAUGUGAGCGUGGAGCUCCACCAAAAGCUACAACUGAUCAAUUCAAGUGUGGUCGGUGCGGGCAAAGGAAGUGCACCUAUUACCAAAUGCAGACUCGCAGUGCUGAUGAACCUAUGACAACCUAUGUCACUUGUACUGUCUGCAAUAACCGUUGGAAGUUCUGUUAGUGCAGUGGGAGUAAGUUACUGUCAUUUGUUACUGAUUUAGUGUAUGAAAGUGCGAUGACAUUACAGUUCUGCACUGGUGUAGCGCUAGAGUUACAUUUCUAUUCAGACAGUUAAAUUAACAUUUAGAAAUUGUUUAGGCAACGAUGUACUUUUUAAUUUUUCAGUUUUUAAGUGAUCUCUCUUGUUGCUGUAGUUUA